AUAAUUGUCUUCUUGUGAAAGUAAUUUAUUUGAUAAAAAAUGUAGGUGCAACAUAUAGUUCAAAGAUUGGAUUAGAGGAGUCGGUGGAUUUGGAGGACAUCAGCAUGCCAAAGUCAGUGUGCCUGCAGAGAAGUCAGUUUAUAGUUUUUGAUCUGGAAACCACUGAACUAGGUAUGUGUAAUAUGGACUUGUCAUUUUUCCCUUGUCAAUUUUGUAAAGGUUUCCUUCGAUGAAUUUUCUUAAAUUUGAGGCCUUAUCUUCACCUGUAGGCAGGACUUCAGAUAUCCUCCAGAUUGCAUGUGUUUGUGGAACAGAGAGCUUUAAUGUAUACAUGAAACCAACAUGCUGUAACAUCAGUAUUUCUGCAUCUGAAGCAACAGGUCUUACUUAUAUUGGAGGUGUUUUAAAACACAAAGGAAAAGCCGUAGAAUCAUUACAAGCAUCUGACGGACUUCAAAGGUUUCUCCAGUUCCUUUCACAGUUUCCUGAUUCCAUUUUGCUCGGACAUAAUAUCCAGAACUUUGACUUACCAGUUCUGAUACACCAGCUGUCCAAAUACAACCUUCUGAAAGCCUUUGAAACUGCAGUCACUGGAUACCUUGAUACUUUGAAGCUUUCAAGAAAAGCCUUCCCUAAAGCUGAUGUUGGAAACUACAAGCAGCAGAAUCUUGUUCAGAAGCUGAUAGGAGAAACCUAUGAAGCACACAAUGCCAUCGCAGAUGUUUCUUCUCUUCAGAACCUGUUUAACCUCAAACUGAAAUCCCACUGUGUUAGUGAUGACAUAUUUCAUUUGUCAUAUUACAGUUGUAAGGAAUCUUUGGAUCCACUUGUAAAAGGCAAAGUUAUUUCUUCUGUUACAUUGAAGAAACUUGUUAGCCUCUCGUUAACCAUGGCAAAACUGCAGGUUAUCCACCAGCGAGAUCCCCAGAACGGGAUUCACAAUGUGUUUUGUGAGAACAUACCAAACUCUAAGAAACCAAGAGUAUCAAAAUCAAAAGCUGUUAUUAGCAAAGUUGUCCAGUAUCUUUCAAAUUUGUAAUUUUGAAUCUUAACACAAAUCAGAAAGCUAUUUAUAUAACGCCUAUAUUAGACCUUCGAUUACAUUACACAUGAUUGCACACCUAGUCCCCAUGUCUGACAUGCCAUGUUUCAUGUGUUGUCCAAUUGUUAGGCAGAUAAUAUGUACCGGGUAUUUAUGUUCAGCUUUGAUUAUUUGAGCCCAUGUUUUAUGCUAUUUUUACAUGUGUCAUCAAAACUGUGUUAAUUAAAGUGAGUUCUGUAGUUAAAAAUACCUUUACUUCUGUCGUCACACGAGGCAUGUACGCACUAUUUGACUUCAUUAUCAUGUGUAACUUUCACAUUAGCAAUUUGAUAGGUACAUUAAUAUGUUAAAUAAUCUAUUCUAAUGCUGUAUUUUACAGCUGUAAUGAGAACUUUGAGCAGGUAAAGACUGUUUUGACAUAAAUAUGCGAUUUACUCAUGUUUUUCUGUAUGAUGUUGUAUAGGGUACCCAAAGUUUUUUGGGUGUGGCUCAAAAUUUAAUGUGAUGAUAGAUAAGUUUUAUUUGUUUAAUGUGUUCAGUAGAUGUCUGUCUUUCUUUUAGACAUAAUUUAAAAUGUUUGGCUCAGAGGAAAUUUUUAAAAAAAUUGUUUUGAAAGUAUUUUUUUGGUUCAGAUUUGAUGAUUUUUUAAGGGGGGUAUGUUGUAUAAAUAGUCAAAAAAGUUCUCUAGCUGCAUCUCAUCCAUAAAUAUACACAAUUUUUGUCAUAAGGAUAUAUUAGAGCAUUAUUCUGCAAACUAUGGACAGUGGUUUUUAAUUUAUAAACUUUUUAUACUUGAAAAUGUAAAGGUAUGCUUAUAGCAGUGAUUGAGGUACAACUGAAUAUAUGGGGUAUGCGUAUAUGAUGGACUGUUACAGUAAAAUUAAUCUAAUUAUAUCAACAUUUUUUGUGUUUUUCUUUUUCAUGAGAUGUUUAUUAGUUGAUUAAAAGCAAUUUUACUUGCAUUUCUCAGAUAAAUUUAAAAGGCAG